GUUGUGCCCGCCGCCGGCCGGCGCACCUCGCCGAAUCGCCGGGCCGCCCAGUCGCGCGUGUGUGGAUGUCGAACGGCGCUCUCCGUUCGUUCCUGUGUGAGGUGUGAGUGUGAGUGUGCGGCGGAGAGAGAGAGUGGCAGGGCUGUGAGCAGGAGGUGCGACACACGUGUGAGAUGAAUCACGGGUACGGCACGCGACACCCGGGCCGGGCGGGUGGCUACCUGAACCACGGCGGUCACAACCACGGUCACCACGGCGGCCACAACCAGCACGGCCAGCACGGCGGGCCGGGCGCGCACCACGGCGCGUUCCCGGCACGGCGCCAGUUCGGGGCGGCGCGCGGCCGCCGGCCCCGUCCAGCCGACCUCAACUGGGCCUCCCCGGGCCCUCCUCUGGGUCCUCCGGGCCCCUCCGGCCACCUGGGCCCUGGCGGAGCUCCGCCGGGGAGCCACGCGGCCGGCGCCGGCCCCAUGGGCCCCCGAGAGGCCUACUGCGGCGGUGGAGGAGGUGCGAGGUACGAGUCGGUGGCGGCGCGCUACAGACGCCACAGCUCGGGCGGCGCGCCGGGGAAACCGGCCGGGCCCGGCUCCUGGGGCUCGCACAGCUCGUACAGCUCGCAGAAUUCGUACAGCUCACAGGGCUCAUAUAGCUCUCAGGGCUCCUAUAGCUCCCAGAGCUCGUAUAGCUCCCAGAGCUCGCACAGCUCUGGCUCGUCUCACAGCGCGUGUGCCGAGGAGCCGACGUCGAGCGAGAGCGAGGUGGCGGCGGACGGCAGCGACCCGGCAGAGCUCAGCCAGGUCAUACCGCGCAUCAUCAAGCCCAGGAAGCGCCGCAAAAAGGAGAAGAAGCCCAAGAUCCCGCGGAUGGCGGCGGCCGCCGAGGAGCGGUCCGGCGCCGUGGUGCCUGCGGGCCGCUGGGAGCGGCGCCCCUCCAGUCUGGGCACCGACACCCAGUCGUCGAGCGAGUCGGCGCUGUCGGCGUUCGGCAGUGAGUGGUACCUGCCGGGCGAGCAGCUGGACGCGCUGUGCGCCGAGCUGACGGCGUUCCGGCUGCGGCGCCAGCUGACGCCGCCCGAGCUGGCGCUGACGCCGCCCGACAGCCCUGGCGCCGCCGCCGGCUGGCGUCAGCUGAGCGGGCUCCGACGUAGCCGCAGCGAGCCGGCGCAGCGCGCGCCGCUCGACGACCGGCGCGCCUUCAGCUGCCCCAGCUCACUCGAGUUCAGAGAGGCGCCCCCAGUGAACGUGUCACAGCCCCCGCAGCGUCCGUGGCUGCCGCUGGGUCGUCCCUCUAGCACACAUAGCACAUGCAUCUUCACUGUCAUGUGCUACAACGUUCUGUGUGAGAAGUACGCCACGCGGCAGAUGUACGGAUACUGUCCCAACUGGGCGCUGGAGUGGGAGUACCGGAAAAAGAACAUCAUGCAGGAGAUCAGAAACUACUCGGCCGACAUUAUCACGCUGCAGGAGGUGCAGACAGAUCAGUUCUACAACUUUUUCCUGCCCACCCUGCAGCGCGACAAGUACGACGGCAUCUUCUCGCCCAAGUCGCGCGCCAAAACCAUGGCCGAGAGCGAAAAGAAGUACGUCGACGGCUGCGCCAUCUUCUGGAGAACAGAAAAGUUCAGUCUGGUGAAGGAAUACCUGAUCGAGUUCAACCAGAUGGCCAUGGCCAACGCAGAGGGGUCCGACGACAUGCUCAACCGCGUCAUGACCAAGGACAACAUCGGCCUGGCGGCGAUGCUGGAGACGCGGGACGCCGCCUGGGAGAGCGGCGCGCCCUCGGACCCGGCCCAGCAGAACCAGCGGCUGCUGGUCUGCACGGCCCACAUCCACUGGGACCCCGAGUUCUGCGACGUCAAACUCAUACAGACCAUGAUGCUGAUGCACGAGAUCCGUCAGAUCAUGGACCGCGAGGUGGCCAGUUUUCGGCCCGGCGGCCACCGGGCGGCGGCCAGUAACAUCCAGCUGCUGCUCUGUGGGGACCUCAACUCGCUGCCCGACUCGGGCGUGGUGGAGUUUCUGGUAAACGGUCGCGUACCGGCCAACCACCCGGAUUUCAAGGAGCUCGGCUACAGGACCUGCCUCAAGAAACUCUCCGUGUCCAACGAGCGCAGCGGCGAGUUCACGCACCCGUUCCGGCUGGCCAGCAGCUACUCGCCAGACAUCAUGCCCUACACCAACUACACGUACGACUUCAAGGGCAUCAUCGACUACAUCUUCUACAGCCGCGACACGAUGACGCCGCUGGGCAUCCUGGGUCCCCUGGACCCCGACUGGCUGCGGGACAACAAGGUGCAGGGCUGCCCGCACCCGCACGUACCCUCAGACCACUUUUCGCUGCUGGUGGAGCUGGAGAUGUCGCCGGUCCGGAGCGACACGGCCAACGGGCUCAUCGCGCACCGGUAGCCACCUGUCGGCCGCCGCCGCAAACACAAGUACCGCCGUCCGCCGGCGGCGGCGCCACGCCACAGUUUUUUACCGGCCGGCCGACCGACCGUCACCGAUCGUGUGCCAGCCAGCGCGUGCCAGCGGCGGCCGCCGGGGCAGCGAGAAAGAGAGAGUCCGCGCCCCGGCGGCCGGGAGUGGGAGAGGGAGUGCGUGUCCAGAGCGAGUGGAGUCUAGUGUGGGAGGUGUGCGCGCGGCCCGUCCGUCCGGCCGGCCGGCGGUCCGCAGUGUCCGUCUGCUCGCUGGCUGUCUGUCUGUCUGUCUGUCCGUGUGUGCGCGCGUGCUCUGCGCGGCGGGUGGGGGCGCGCCGCCGUCUGCCGACCCUGCGACUAUCCGGCCGCGCCCGGGGCGCCCCGCGCGCGCCCUCGGACGCCCGGGGCGCCGCCGUCGGCGCCCAGUACAAACGUGCACGCCGCGCACACUUCCUGUCGCCGAACCCGGCGCGGCGCGCGGCUGUCUUUCAGAGCCGCCGGCGCCCCGUGCGUGUGUGUGUGUGUGUCCGAGAGCCAGUGUGCGCGCCCGCUGUGUGUGUGUGUGUGUCGAAUUUUUAGAUCUCACGUACGUACGACGGUCGCGCCGGGCCCGUGCGGGCCUCUUUUUGAUCUAUUUUACCCUGUCUCUGUUCGUUUGGCGCCGGCGCCGCGGCGAGCGGCGUGCGCAUUUCGAGUGGGCUGUUUUAUCUGUGCGCGCGUACGUGUGCGCGGGCGCAGUGCUGGGAGGCGGGGUGUGUGUCUGUCUGUGUGCGUGUGUACAUAUUUUAUUCCAUUGUGUGCGAGCGGCGGUGUGCGCGUGAGAGGGUGAGCGGCCGUGUGAGAGGGUGAGCGGCCGCGCGCGAGGUCCGAGGGCGGUACAAACUGUGUACAAUGGCGGCAGCCGCCCCUGUCCCUCCCUGUACAUACAAUACAAACACCCGAGAAUC